UCCUAGGGACAAGCUUGCCUUCCGUGAUUCCAUAUGGGCAGCCCAGCCUGCAUUGUUCCCUAGGACAGGAUUGCUUCCCCUUCACUCCCAGGGGUCACGCCGCGGGCAUUCUCUAGGGGCAAUCCCUGUCCUCCGUUUUAGCACAUUGCCGAGCAGAAAGAGGUCCGGGCCUGCGACCCCCUGCAGGCAAAGCAGCUGGUGGGGUGGCCUGGCCAGGAGGCUCCUCCGCGCUCCCGCGUCCUCUGCGCCUCCGGGGAGGGGGGCCCUGGGACGGGGCCGGCCUUUUGCCAUCUGUUCCGCUUCGUCAGGUUCUCCCCGCAGCUUCCCCUUUCUCGGCUUUUGCAGCCACCGACCAGGCGGCGGCGGCGGCGCCUCUUCUCCUCCCCGGCAGGGCGCGGCGUCCCCGGCCCCCCAUCAUCCAGGCCGCCUGGCGCGUCCCCGGGCGGUCAUGCGCUGCCCCGGCGCGGCCCUGUGGCUGGUGCCGCUGCUGGGCGCCUGUGCCGCCGCCGCCGCCGGCCUCUACUUCCACGAAGGGCAGAGCUGCCACCGGCCGCUUCCGCGCCCGCCCGCCGGAGUCAGAACUUACCCUCGUCCUCACGAAUACUUGAAGGUCUCUGAGCUGCCACAGAGCUGGGAUUGGCGAAACGUAGAUGGAGUCAAUUACGUGAGUGCCACACGCAACCAGCACAUCCCUCAGUACUGCGGGUCCUGUUGGGCUCAUGGCAGCACCAGCGCCCUCGCAGACCGCAUCAACAUCAAGAGGAAAGCUGCCUGGCCCUCUGCCUACUUGUCGGUUCAGCAUGUGCUUGACUGUGCCAGUUCAGGAACCUGCCACGGAGGCGACCACACAGGUGUUUGGGAGUACGCUCAUACCCACGGCAUCCCGGAUGAGACCUGCAACAAUUACCAAGCCAAAGACCAAAAGUGCAAGAAAUUUAACCAGUGUGGGACAUGUGUUACUUUCGACAAAUGUAAUGUGAUUCAGAACUACACCCUCUGGAAAGUCGCUGAUCAUGGAACAGUCAGUGGGAGAGACAAAAUGAAGGCAGAAAUCUAUGCCAACGGUCCCAUCAGUUGUGGGAUCAUGGCUACUCCCAAACUGGAGGAAUACACCGGUGGACUUUAUGAAGAAUACAAAUUUUUACGCAUAAUCAACCACAUUGUCUCCAUCGCUGGCUGGGGUGUGGAAAAUGGAACGGAAUACUGGAUUGUCCGGAACUCUUGGGGAGAACCCUGGGGAGAGCACGGAUGGCUCCGAAUCGUGACCAGCGCCUACAAAGGAGGAAGAGGUGGACGCUACAACCUCGCUGUGGAGCGGAACUGUGCUUACGGAGACCCGAUACUUCCUUGAGCCUUCUGCUAGUGCACUAUUUGUACUUCUGACUAGAAUGAAAUAGAAGUUCCAGCAACGUUGCCCUUCUUUUGAAAGGGAACGUCCGGCGGCUUAUGGAAGACGGGCAACAAGAAAGAGACUGCAGGCUUAGCAACUUGAAAUUCAAACCUGUAAAAUCCCAAAUGAGUGACUGAUAUCAAUUAUGCUGGGAGAGAGCUGGAAUGUGCUUCUUUGUUUUCCGUUUGAAAACCUUCAGCUGCUAUGAUAGGAUAGGUCCAAAUGGCUUUAAUUGGAAAUCUGGGCCUUGAGCUGGUCGUAACAAAGACUGAGCUUGUAUUAAGCAUGAGUGUUUUUUUAAAAAAGAUUUUGAUCUGUCCAGUUGAUGUAGUGUUUAAACUGGGUUACUUUGGGGGCGAGGUCUGAGAGUUCAGGGAAUGAAGUUCAGGAACUUAAGGGGAAUGCUUGGGAGAGAUGGGCAUAGAAUGUAACAAACAUUUACCUGCAGGACAGGAUCUCUGCCCUCUUUCCUGCGUGUUCCUGUCUGCUACUCAGUUGUUCUUUCUCUCCCCAGAAGAGAAGGAUAUUUAGACCAGAACAGCUGUGAAAAAGGACUGCUCUUACAAACUGAAACGAGCAAGGCUGAGGUCACAUAAAUGUAAAAUGCUGUAGUUUAGCAGUAGAGCAUCUACUUUGCAUGCAGAAGGUUGCAAGUUCAAUCCUUGGCUCCUCCAAAUUUGAGAAUGUCCAGAGACCUCAGUGAGCUGCUGCCAAUCAGAGUAGACUGAUCUUGCUUGACCAGAGAUCCGAUUCACCAGGAAGCUGUUUCAUGCACUCAGGAAGGGUUGAUUUGAGACUGCGUUACCAGACCAACCCAUGGUGGGCUGGGGGAACUCUGUUUUUAAGAGAACAGUGUCUCUACCCGUCCUGCCAACCCUUGGGGUGCCUAGCAGUGCCAUGCCAAAAUGGGGAGCCCAUUCUCGGCACUGGCUAUUGUACCUACUGUAAGGCUGGACACAAUUGGACAAAGUCGGCUUUAAUAAAAGGAACGUACUUUAUUGAGUUGCGUCGCCCUAGGUACAAGACACUGGAACUGAGGGGGCGUUACUCAGUUCCAGCUUUUGAAGUGGCCCGACAACGAUGCCAGCCAAUCACUGCCGUUCGAUUCCCCACUUUUGAUUUUCAUUUGUUGAACCCUCCCGCCGCCGCGUAGGGUCGCGGGUCCAAGGAUACCGGGGCUGCUGGGAAUGCAGUCCUGAUACCCACAAGGACACAGUAAAAGCUUGUUUGGACUUGCCCUCACCCAUAUCUGCCUUGCAAAAUACCUGCCUCACACUUUUCCUAAAGGGGUUAAACUAAUCUCCAGCCUAGCCACCCUGCACAGACAAAGGAUUUGUUAAUGUAUGUGCCCCAAGUGUUCCUGCCAGUUUUCUAUUAACCCAAUACAACUUCUUCUGACUAAUCCCUCUCUAAAACAACCACCUUAUUUGCAUUGCCAUUGUUUUAGAGCUAUGAAUGAUUUAGCACUCUGCCCGCCUUCAGGCACUCCCAGUUUAGCCCAUCAGGUUAAGCCCUCAAACUAUUAGCUUAACAACUCAACACUUAGGGUGUUGUGUGGUUUCCGGGCUGUAUGGCCGUGUUCUAGAAGCAUUUUCUCCUGACGUUUUGCCUGCAUCUGUGGCUGGCAUCUUCAGAGGAUCAUAAGACAUAAACUUAAGGUUUAUGUCUGCCCCUUGUCUUUACCUGGAAAGAGAAGAAUCCCCUUUGUCCUGGGAGAUUAAGGGCCACUCUGCAUAAACCUUGAGGGUCUCUUUUUCCCUUCUCCCAAUAGCCAGAUCACAACCUAAUUGCAGGGCUCUGCUGUCUUUCCAGACAUUGGUCUCAUGGCUCUUACCUUUUUGAUCUGUUGGUGCUCAGGUGGGCCAGUUCCGAAGAGUCCUUGUGCCAGUGGCACAUGUGGGGCUCCACAGAACAAAAUGAUAGGAUCCAAUCCAGUCGCUGUCCUAUGAGAUGUCUUGGAGAAUGAGAGAGGAAAACGAAAUGCAGUCCAUCCUGUUAGGAACUUGUGCUACUGAUGUCAAACAGGCCAGACAGGUGUCAAACUGCCUCCUCCUUUGGAUGUGUUCAGCGGAUAUUCUAAAUUAAGGUAUCAGAUUGCGAAAAACAACAAAUCAAUAAAGUCAUUUUGCAUCAUGCAAA